CCAAAAAUGGCGCUCACCAAAAGAGUGAAAUUAUUGUUCUUUGCUCUUUGUUUCGUUUAUACAGCUGGAGCUAUUUGUAAUAGUGAUAAAGAGUGUUGUCCGGAAAGUCAAAAGCCGGAAAAUACUUGUUCACCACUUGUUUGUUGUUCUUACCUGCCUGAGGAAUUUGUUCAUUGUGAUGAACCAGAAGACUUCUCAAAAAACACAUCGGAGGCUAAACGACUUGGGUACGGAUGUACCAAGUAUGGAGGUUCUCGUCAUGAAGAAGUGAACCACACCAAAGUAGUCUGUUAUGUUCUGCCUGGAGUGGAAUGUUAUGGUGAAAAAAUGUUCUUCAAACAUGGAGUACCAUGCAUAAAAUACAAUGGUCAUUACUUUUUGACAACCUUGCUCUACUCUCUCCUCCUUGGUUUCCUGGGUGUCGAUAGAUUCUGCCUCGGUUGGACAGGCAUUGGAGUCGGCAAACUCUUAACAUUGGGCGGGUUGGGGGUCUGGUGGAUUGUCGAUAUUAUGCUACUCAUUGCUGGUGUACUCAAACCUGAGGACGAAAGCAACUGGGUGCCUUACUAUUGAUUUGUAUAUACUAUCAGAUAGUUGU